GUUUACGGAAUCGGGAGAAAUGUCAUAACGCAAGAGUAAAGCUAAGCUACUGAAUUACUUUUUCUACCAAGCCUGAGUUCUAAAUACACGAUAUGUAAAGAAUGCGAUCAUUUAUGUUAAAAUUUUCAAGCGAGCUUAUGUCUUUUAAAAUUAAAUGUCCAGAAUCCGUUAAACAAAAAUCAGAACUAAUGGAGCGAGCUAGUUGCAGCUAACGUUAGCAUGACACUUUGUUUAAACAGCAGGGUUCAUGAAAGCAACCAAGCUGUAAACUCGGACAACCGAUACAACCCAUAAAUCAUUAACUACACAAAAAGCACGUGUAAGAAACGGACACAUCUACCUUAGAGACACUGACUUUAGCUGUAGCCAGUCAACAACAACAGGCUUUGAAUUGCCAGUCAUUUUUUUCUCCUCCUUUUCGGUUUAUUAAAAAGACUUUAAGCCACAGCGCAGUUAUAAUGGCGGAGACUAUACUAACGUUUCAGUCACAGCUUUCUGGCGUCAUGGAGACUGUGUUCAAGGCUGCUAUGUAUGAGAUCACCCGGUUGGUGGAGGACAGUUUUUUGGAAGAGGUAACGCGGUGCCGGGAGCAGGUUGAGUCCUUAAAGAGACGACUGAAGUGGUCGGAGACUCGUCGCAAAGAACGAGAGGGAGACUGGAGAGGGAGAUGCAUUGACUGUGGAAAAGUCGGGAUAUCCAGUGAGAACCAACCCAGAACCUCAGAGAAAAGCCUGAAACAGGAGACUGUGCUUCAUGAAGAAAUAAAUAGUUCCCAGGGAGCUGAUGGAUGUACAUUGAGCCAUGAGAAGGAAGGAGAGGAAAAAAUAGAGCCCCAAAGUGCCACAAAAGCAACGCAGUUAUCAGGUAUUCAAGGCACUGGACUGUUCAAGGAAGAAGCUCUUCAGAUCCCACCAGAAAAUGAUGAGUCACAAGGGUGGCACAUCAGCUUAGAUGAAACAGAUGCGUCAGCUGUUCCAGGACCCAGUAAACGUUUUAAUGACCAAAAGAUCCCAAAGUGCCAAGUAAAUUGGGAAACUGGAUUUGAGCAGAGAGCAGAAUCAAACAAUGAUGGACACUCGGGUGAACCGACUGAACCUCUGUUCCCAAACAGGUACAGCAUGGAAGACUUAGAUGGCAUUGACAAGUCUGGAUAUGGAGACACUGGAAUGAUAGACAUGGGUAAUUUUGAUGGGAUACAUUCACCAUCGCACCUGGGCAAAGAUCUGAGUUAUGUUGGCCAUUAUGAUGAGGAUGUGGAAGCACCAGAAGGAGCUGAUCAUCAAGCUUACCAAACAGGCACUCAGCGGAAUAGAAAGGAUCAGGAAGGUUCACCCUCAGGUUCCCCCUCUAGGACUAACAUUGAUGUAAGUGGAGAGUUCAGCUGUUUACUAAUUAAUGAGGAGGGGUAUCUGCAGGACACAAAUGUCUUGUACCCUGAACAAGUGUCCAGUGAUUCAGGUAGUAGAUACAGCUUCCGCGGCCAGGGUAUUCGCAUUGGCCCUUCUCUAGACAGCACUGAGGAUAUGUAUGAGCCUUCAGAUACGUACAGCGAUACCUUAAACGUGGGACAACAGAUACAACAUCAGGCAACAGUGAGAGGAGCAAGGAGAUACACUUGUAACCAGUGCUCCAUGUCUUUCCCGGAUUCUGCUUCCCUCAAGGCUCACAAACACACACACAAAGGCACUGGACAAGGGCCCCCAUACUCCUGCAACCAGUGUGGAAAGACCUUUACUCAAGCUUGUAACCUUAAAGUCCACCAAAGGACUCAUUUAGGGCAAGGGGUUCACCUCUGCAGCCAUUGUGGUAAAGGUUUUCCUUCAUUUUCUGACCUAAAGGCACACAAAUGUGGUCAAGUAGUGGACAAACCAUAUUGCUGCACAGUAUGUGGGAAUAAGUUCAGCCGUCUAUGGAAUCUCAAGUUGCACCAGAGAAUUCACACACAGGAAAAACCUCAUCGGUGCACCAUGUGUGACAAGAGCUUCACAAGAGCAGACAUAUUGAAGGUUCACCAGCGUACCCACACAGGGGAAAGACCAUACUGCUGCUCUGUUUGCGGUCUCAGCUUCAAACGCCUGGAUCAUCUGAAAUCCCAUCAACGCAAGCACAUGACAGAUCUAUAAUUCCUUGGGAGAAGAAGUAUCAAAUUAUUUAAUAUUAUUUGUGAUAUCUGAAGGUUUAAGUGAAUAUUUAUAUUAAUGAGCCUGUGAUGGAUAGAUAAGGUCUAUCACAUUCAGUUAAAUAAGUCUUAUUUGUAUCAGUUACUGCUGCAUAUUUUAUACUCAUUAAAAAUAUACUGCCUUGGAGUAUAACUGAAAAACUUAACCAACAAUAUCUUUGUGAUUACUCAGCUGAUUGAAAAUAAAACUGGCUUUAGAUGCGAUCGUCUGUUUAUAUUCUUGUUUCCUGAAGUUAGUUCUUGGCACAUACUUCCUAAUGACGUCACCCAGGUAGUAAUGGAGCUUUUAAUGUUUUGAUUUUCACUGUUGCCUCCCAGCAAGAAGGUAUUUAGUUCAAUUCCACCAUCAGCAGGGGUCUUUCUGUGUGGAGUUUGCAUGUGUUUGUGUGGGUUCUACUUUAGCUUCCUUCCAUAGUCCAAAGGCAUGCAGAUAGUGGAAAUAGGUUAAUUGGAAACUUUAAAUUGCCGGUGGCAUGAAUGUAAGUCAGAAUGGCUGUCUAUGUCAGUGGUUCUCAAACAUUUUACAUCAUUCCCCACAUGACACGCCCCCUCUAAACACAACAAAGGAAGAAAAGCCUCGCUGCAACUUUAUUUAGAUAAUAAACUGAUUCACAAUGAAUCCUUCAGUAAUUUUUGCUUUAAACAAACAACUUUCAUUUCAAACAACUAUUUGUAACUUUUGUCACUAGACUACUUCAUUACUCUGCAACACUUCUUCAAAAAAGCAACCAGUUAAACAGAAUGUGAACAUUGCCAAACAUGGAAAAAUAAGUUCAGUCUUAGUCUUAAAAUACUUUUUAUUAAAAAAAACAAAACAAAAAAAACAAAUCCAUAAACUUGUGAACAGAAAUGAAGGGUAUAUAUAAUUUAGUGCGAGUUUAGUACUAUUCACUUAGUGGCUGCAGUGAGCCUGUUUUUGACUGCAGAGCUGUGGUGGGGCAUGGUCUGUGGGGGAGGCGGACGCACCUGAGCGGCAUCCCCAAUCACGUCUCGCCGGCUUGAACUAGGUCCUGUUGUUGUUGAUGUGUGUAGGCUGUAGCCGAAAAGCUGCAGCUGCGUGUGUAA